AUGGCGACCGUUUCCCUCGAUCCCGGGGCUUAUGGCUUCACCCUGCAGAAUCUCCCCCACGAAAUCCAGGCUCUAAUCUACAGAUUCGCCGUUGUCGAACCUCCAAGAUGGGCCAAGAGACACAGCCUCAAGUGUGAUCUCACACCUAGCAGAGCCAAUGUAUUGGAGCCGCCACCUUUCGUCUUCACCGAGGUUCAAAUCAACCACAGAGCCACCAAAAUGAGCACCACCACCCGCUGCUCGUGUGCGAAACGCAAGGGUCUCUCGCUUUUGCUUGUAUCCAAGCUCAUCAAUGAAAUAGCGUCUCCCAUUUUCUGGUCGCAAAACACACUCUGCUUCCUGGAUGCUGUCGAAUUCAUCGUUGCUGUCAAGCACAACCUCCGGUCCGAGUACCGGGAAAUGAUUCAGUCUCUCAGCAUCAUCAGUCCCGAUCACAGCGGAGCCCCGAUUCACGUUUCCUUCGCCGGCGAACGCCCAAAGCACAUGGACGAUUUCUGGAAAACCAUCAAAAAUUGCCCGUCUCUUCGAAAACUAGAGGUCGCUUACGCCUACAUCCAACCGAGCCGCAAAGUCCCAACACACGAGCAUCUCGACGAGAUACCCGAGAUGCUCCCAAAUCUUCCCGCCAUCUCGCUUUCCUUCCUAGUCCCCAUCAACCGGCGAGGUCUCCAUUUUGAUUAUCCUCCGCCUUACUAUCAUGACGAGUGGAGCCAUCAAGUUCUGUAUGUUAAAUGCUCGCGCCCUCUUUCAUUGCUGCGGGAGAACCCGUGGGAAGAAGACGAGCUGAACAAUUUGUACCGAAACUUCCACUUCAACUUCCGUGUUUAUGUCUCAACUGCGUCCAAAGUAAAAUUCUGUGGCGCCGACAUAGAGAGACUGGACAACUAUAGCGGCUCUUGGCAGAUUCCUAAGACCUUGAACGCGGAGAGCAACGUCCGCCGGCUGCAAUUGCCGACUGGGGAAACCACAGUGGUCAAGGUGUAUGGUUUGCCACUGUCGGCAAAAGCGAGGAAUACCAGGCUUGGGUAUGCCAAAGCCGAGGCUCGGAAGAGAGAACGCCGUCCAGACGGGUCAAGGGUUGCUGAGCAUGUGGCCAUGAAAUUUGCCAAACAGCGAAAGAGACAAAGUCGCCAAGGGGCAAUGGAAAAGGAGAGGGGCGAAUGCCAGGAACUACAAUUGGCUCGCGGAGUAAGGCGAGUCGAUUUGAAGGCUGAGGAGGACAAAGCUGUCAAACACUCGGCAAGAACUGAGAGGGAAUCUGUACGGAAAGGCAUCAAGGCAGCUGAAGAAAACCGGCGAUUGGAGAGGAAAAGGGUAACGAAUGGUCCCGUUGCAUGA